AUGUUCUGCUACCACUGCCCCCCGGGUCUCCCAACGCCACGAUUACCGCCCACCCUUGAGUACCCCUUCACCGCUACUCACCCCUAUACUAGUUACUCUCCGUAUCAUCCAGCUUUGCACGGUGUCGGCGAGGAUUCGUUCGUGAGACGGAAACAGAGGCGGAACAGGACCACGUUCACUGUGCAACAACUCGACGAACUCGAGACAGCGUUUGCGCAGACACACUACCCGGAUGUCUUCACGAGGGAGGAUCUCGCGAUGAAGAUUAACCUCACGGAGGCCAGAGUUCAGGUAUGGUUCCAAAAUCGCAGGGCAAAGUGGCGAAAAACUGAACGUUUGAAAGAAGAACAGAGAAAAAGAGAGGGUGGCGGAGGGGGUGGAUCUCUAGAAACGACAGGUCUGGCGCCACCAUCGUCUUCAUCGGCUGGUCCAAGUCCCACUGGCCACGAUCCUGAAGGUACAACGAGCAGCAACGCCCCCGACGCGGAGGACGCCGGUCCAGAUGGGGCUGGGGGAUCUAGGAGCCCCAGCACGACUUCCGCCUCGGUCAGUCCGCGGCCCCAGCAGAGUCAGCCGUCCCUGGGUGGCGUCUCGACGCCACCGCCAACCCCCAUAAGGGCGCCGCCGCCACCACCUAGCACCGUGGGGGGCCUUGGCCCACCCGCCGAGAGUGCUCCAGGUUUGGCAGCGGGUUUCAGGCCAGUCGAGCCGCCCACGUCACUCUUCUUUUCGCCACACUUGGCGGCACAGUUCUCCCCGCCGUUGUUCAGCAGCAAGAUGGUCAGCAGCGCGCCGGCAUCUUUGACAUCGACGACCCCGUCCCUAUGGACUUCCAGCGAACAUCGGACCAGCACACUUCAGGACAUGUUGUCCUGGUCACCAGCUGGCUGGCCUGUUUGUGGGUGCUGCAAGCCCGGCACAGGUGAUCUGCACAGGAACAGCAGCCUAGCAGAGCUGAGAAGAAAGGCUCAGGAACAUUCGACUGCCUCCGCGCUCCUUGGCGGACUAGCCGGAUUCCCCGGUGGAUUACCGUUGCCCCUGCCUCUGCCAUUGUUGCCACCGUUGCUGGGAAUCUCCAGAAGGCCAGAGCACCAUCACCACCAUUUACCAAGUAUAGUGCAUCAGAUACAACCGACCACGAAAGAGGACCCCUAGAAGCUAUCCUCUGAA